AUGAUGACGUUGACUGUUGAUGCAGAUACGAAGAUGACGGUGGAUCUUGAUGCAGUAGAUGCGGUCGAGUAUGAGUGCUGGAAUCCUGAUACUUCCUUUGAUCAUGACGUUGAGGACGAAGAUGCAGUUGUGGUCGGAGGGGGUGGACACGAAGAGGUCGACGUAAAGGGACAACAUCUUCAGAGCAACAACUUGAACUUGUGCUUGUCUGGGUCUGUACAUUAAGGCUACAGCGAACGCAUCCUCAACACCAUCCUCGCCUUCUUUUUGAAGGGAAAAAAGGCUCGGGGAUCGGCUCAAGGAUGCGCCGUGGUAGCUCUAAGUACGACAACUAGUCUCUCCAUCUAUUACAACUUCAAGUACUAGUAGUAGAACUUCUGAGAGUCGUUCUCAUUCUGCCUUAGAAAUACAAGAUGAAGGACUAAGAAGUAGUGCUGGACGAGGACAACAUCAUCGAGGUCAUCAUCGAGCCAGGAAAGCUGUGGAGGAACGACGAGAGCGAGAUGAAGUUGCUGUCACAGUUAGCACCCAUCAACAUCAAAGCAGCAGCACUACUAGGAGUACCAGCACUACUAAGAUGAAACCUAAAGAUGAUCCGAGAAGUUCUUUCGCGGAAGAGCGCAGAAUGUUGAUAGAAGAAAGAGAACGUCUAGCAGAAGAACGACAAAAACUUGAAAUUGCACUGGCGAAGGCGAGAAAACGUAUUUCUACUACUUAACUACUAAUCCCGAUUUUUACCUUUUUAGUUACCUUUCUACGUUCUGGUUGUACUGCGACUGACUUCCUUUAAAGCCUGCAUCUUCAACAAGUCUUCAAUUCAGAUGACGAUCCUUCUCAUCCUCUACAAAGUAACUCAAACUUUACAUUCACAUUACCUCCAUCUCGUAGAUGUAUCCCUUCAAGCAACGAACUCAUUACCUCUAUUCAAUUUUGACUUUCAUUGGCACUUAUCUCACGUUUCAUCCGUCAUCACCUCCAUCACAGAUGACGAGCUACUUCAUCAUGACCUCCACCAUGCUGAGAGGAAAGUUUUGCAAAAGGCAGAAGAGGAUUCGAAACCUCGAAUAUUUCAGGAAGUGGAAAGCGUCCUCACUGGGGAGGACAAAAAUUUGUGGGAAGCUUCUGUGGCAGCUCGCCUUGGCGUAGGAACACUGAGCAAUUCCGAAUUUGAGGAGAGAAGCCAAAGAGAGCUGAGGAGAAAGGUUUAUUUUACAACCCUUUUCUUGAGCUCGUGGACGUGAAUGAGGGUGGAUCGACUAUAAAUGUUGCUUAUAUAUUAUUCAAUACUUUCUUAGUAGUAUCAUAUCUAAUAAAACUACAUAUUGCUCAAGCUUAAGCUUAACAAGUAAACCAAGACCAAACAUCUGCUUAAGCUUCGAAGGACCAGACAUCUCGAAGGACCAAACAUCUGCAUUAAAAACAGGAACCGAAAUAAUAAGUCUCGUCUUCAUACCCAGUGGUCGUGUCUUCACAGGUAAAAGAGCUCGCCGAACUAGACACGAAAAUCAAAGAAAAGUUAGCUCGCUGUUUCUCGGAAUUGAAGAUUGUGGAGCACGACGUCCGAGUCGAGGAAGAACGAAAUGCCAUCAGCAACCUCAUCACUCGUGAACUCUCGGAAUUCAAGGAAGACUGGAGAAGGAAGGCACAGGAGGAGCGAGAUGCCAGAACCGAAGCAGUGACGCUAGAACAUGCUCGUCUUGAAUCGAAUUUUCCUGUCUUUGUCAUUGGGGAUGGCGAUCCGGUGCCUUUGAAUGCUGACGGAGACGAUCAUAGUCUGGAUGGCAUCGAGCGCUUCAUAGCUUUUAUGACAAGUCGUUUACUGUUGUGCCAAAACCACGAGUUACGAGUUGUAGGCAAUAUUAGACAUAAAAUAUAAUAUUUCAUGAAAGAUCUUCAUUUUUGCAUUCAAGAAAGACCUUCAUUUUCACCGCUGAAGCAGGACAACUACAGCAAAGGAAACCCACUUCUACGGGCUUUCGUCCUCCGCACGACCAGCAGGCGCAUAUCGAGCGACAUGGUAGAGGCAACGUUCGUGCUCGUCCUCCGGCUCCAGGAGCUUCUAUUCCUCCAGUCUCACAGCGAGCAGCAGCCUCUUUCGUGUCACCUCCUAAGCGUGUCGUUAUGAAGGAAGAUGCUGAGGAAGAUGCUGAGCUAGAACUGCUGUAUGCGAGAAAUGUUGGACGGCUGGCAAGACUGGAACGCUUGAUCUGAGAACUGAUUUUUGGCUUGCUCUCAUUUGAUGCCUUCUGUUUAGCUUGGAGUUUGUGAUUUUAUACCUCACAGUCACGACAACUCGUGCUUCUGCAAGUUUGACAGGUCGUUGAAUUGCUCAAGGUAAGCCGAUCAAAAGUGUUGGCUAAAAAGUCCCAC